GCAGGUGUACCCGUCGCUGCUCUUCCGGGACAGAUGUUCUCCUCGCACGGAGCAGAAGCGCGAGCGCAGGUGUCGUGACCUCAGUAAUUAGAGUCCAGCUGUGGAGGUUUGAACGGAGCCGCGAAUUGGAGCCUGUCGUGAAUCAUGUGUCUUGUCCGUCCAGACUGCGAGCAGCUCCUCUGUCAGGUGAGAAAUGGGCGUUUGUUUUGAAGCCCACGUCUCCUGCUUUCCGGUCUUACUUCGCCUUACAGUUUGCGUUUUGGCGCAACUGGACUCACAGCCCUGCAAGGAGUCUCCCUCUCUCCUCCUCCUCCCUCCGUCUCCGGCUCUCUGUCUGUUGGAAAAGCCUCGCUCCUCACCCAGGUGUGACAUUUUUGGAGUGCCUCACUGGAACCGCAUCCCGCCGCCGACAACAUGACGGACUCCACACCGCCAGACUCCACCGCCGUCCCGGAGCCGGCUGUAGUUGUGGACCCCCCGGUGGUGAACGGCCAGUGCGACCCCCAGCAGGAGCAGCAGGAGCCCAGCGCGGAAAGUCAAGCAGAAGGCUUCAAGAUGGACCAGGAGAUGAAGAUAACAGACAGCAUAGAGGACCGAGGUCUUCUGGAGAGCAGCAUGCGUCUGAAGCCUCAUGAAGCACAGAGUUACCGCAAGAAAGCUCUGUGGGUGUCCUGGGUGUCCAUCGUGGUCACCAUUGUCCUGGCCAUUGCCGCUUUCACUGUUUCCAUUAUGCGCCACAGUGCUUCAGCUUUUGGAUUUGCUUUUGAUGCCACGCUGGAUGUGUUGUCCUCUGUCAUCGUAUUGUGGCGGUACAGCAACGCCGCUGCCGUCCACUCAGCACACCGUGAAUACAUAGCUUGUGUUAUCCUGGGUGUGAUUUUCAUCCUGUCCUCCCUGUGCAUUCUGGGUAAGGCCAUCCAUGACUUGGCCACCAAGCUGCUACCUGAAGUGGAUGACUUCUUGUUCAGCGUGUCCAUCGUCAGCGGCUUGGUGUGCAUCAUCCUGGCUGUGGUCAAGUUCAUGCUGGGCAAAGUCCUCACAAGCCGAGCUCUUAUUACUGACGGAUUUAACUCGCUAGUGGGAGGGAUCAUGGGCUUUUCUAUCCUCAUCAGUGCUGAAGUGUUCAAGCAUGAGCCCAAGGUGUGGUACCUGGACGGAACAAUAGGAGUCCUCAUAGGACUGAUCAUCCUCGCCUACGGAGUAAAGCUGCUGCUGGACAUGGUCCCCCGGGUCCGACAAACCAGGAACUACGAACGCUUUGAGUGAUGGAUCACAGAGGAGAAGAAGGAGGUUUGGGAGGGAUGGAAGGGGGCUGACUGAGUGAGUGACAGGACAGGGACUGUAGAGACUCUCCCUACAGUCUCUCCACAGACAAUCACAUUCAGCCCUCGUGGUGCCAGCGGAGGCAUCAGAAUCUGUACAGUCCUUCUUCAAAGGUUUGAACUAAGGAUACAAGGCGGAUAAUGACAGUGGAUAAAACUCCUGACACACUUCAAGUGUUUUACAGUUUGAUGUACAUAUAAUAUCUUCAUCUGUCUUUUAACAGUGAAUGGGGUAGUCUUCUCUUCCAUGCCUCCAUAUUUAAACAGGAAAUGGAGAACCAGGAGGGGUUAAACUCACUUUGUAGACGGAGACGAGCUCGGACUGCAGUGUACUGGAGACAGAUGGACCCCGAGAGGCCAUAACUCCAUGAAAGCAAGAGAUUUUUGUACAUGAUGUACAAUACCUCAGUUACACCUCAUCGUCCUGUCACAACACUGCGGUUUAUUUUUCCCAUGGUUCCUAGUGGCCUUUGCCCAGCUGUGCUCUAAAAUGUUGCAGUGCAGCAGGUCAAGCUGAUUGAUGUAGCUGAUGUAGCAGUGGAGUAUUAAUGGUGUUUUACCUUUUUAUGACUAGAGACAGGAUAUAUAUUGAUAUGAGGCCCAUUUGGCAUGGGAGCAGGUGCAUAAGCACACACACUGAGAGGCACAGAGAUGUGAGAUUUGCCGUUUACAAUAUUUAUCGAGACUGCUCGGGUGGAAACCUUGAGUGGGCAGUUUCAGCUACAUAAUGUGAGCUUACAGUUCUGGAGGGUAAAAAUCAGUCACACAAAGGACUCAUGACCUGAGUCCAGCUUUGCUUCACGACGAAUCUGACAGAAGAAAAAUACACAGAACUCACUUUAUGCCUCUUUGGAAAAUCGUUUUUUCAUUGAGAACUUGCACCAUCUACUGACCAGCAGAGGUUCCUGCAACAUGUAUGUCAAUAUAUUGAAUGUUAAGCUGACAAAACUGUUUAAAGGGCAAAGAGAGCUUUUCAGUACAUGCGAUCAGAGUUAAAUUAUUGCACCCUGUUGGCACUGAGCUCUUUGUUUGGCAUCAAGUUCCCAAUAGAUAUUUAUACGAGACUCACAGGCUGCAACAACCAAACAAAAGAGAAGCCAUACCUCUAACUCCUGGAGCAAUUAGCACAGAAAUAAUUGAGAUGAGAUUCCUAAAAGCAGACAGGCGGUAUCCAGGUGUUACAAAUGAACCAGACUUAAAACCAGGCUCUCUCUCUAAAAGAUAAACCAAGUCAAAGCAAAAUAAAAUGAGACGUCUUCACUUUGGAGCACAGUUGCAUUGUCUGUUCAUAGUGUUAUUUCUAGACUUCUUAGGCUUAGAUUUAUGAACGAUUAAACAAUAUGUCACAGAUGAGUAGUUCACGGACCUUCAUGUUACAUUUCUGCUGAUAAUUUCUGUUUUUUCAAUUUCUGGCAAUGACAAAUUGGAUAACACGCUUUUUACCAUGCUGCUCUGAGGGUUCAGCUUCAUUAAUAGUAGUCUGUAGUCAUUCUGCAACUUACAGGUGUUCUGCCUCGCAUUGUAAAAUUUAACCUUGAUAAAAAAAAUAUUAUUUGGUUGGUGGUGCUGCUUCUCCUGCUGCUUCAGAGAGCUUGAUUAAGUAUUUUUCCUGUUUGGAUGGGCUAAAGAUUUACUCCUCAGUUUGUUUGGCUUUAGGGUCAAACUCACUUUAAACGCAUUUGACUGGAAACUCAUGUAGGACAACAUUUAAGUAGUUAAAAGUCACAAACCACCUCUACGGAUUGGAUGAGCUUGGAGUCAGUUAGACAGCAGCCUGUUAGUUGUUCUCGUAUUAGUGUGUAGUUGAUGUCAGUUUCAGGUAGCCUUUUGGCUCCAGUGCAGUCAGUGUGUAAAUCCUCUCUAACACUGUCAGUAUGAGGAUCAGGACUGAGAGCAGUCAGUGGAUUGAGUGAGAUCAGUGCUGGGAUCUUUGCAGUGGGGGUUUGUCACAGUCUAAGGCUGCUUUAAUGGAAAUAACUUGGUGCCUUUAGUCCAGUUUUGCGAUGCUGAAUUAAGGCCCUGACUGAGAUGUAUCACAAUGAACUCAGCGCUCACAGUUUACAGGAAUUUAACGGUUUCUUUUGCAUAAUUUACUCAGUGUAUUAGGUGCACCUCGCUAAAACUGGGUUUUUUCCUUUCUCAAAAUAGGCCUUAUAUAAAAUUUAUGCACUUUCUUUUAAUUCUGACUGUUUGAACUAUUAUAUUUGGAUAUAUGAAACCCCAGUUACCCCUUGAUGCCUACUAUCGUGAAUUUGCAACAUAUCUUUUUAAGUCAGACUGCAGCCGAGAUAGCGUAUCCAUUCCCUCAAUGUGCAUAUUUGUACAUAUUAAAUACGUACCUCGGAAACUUUUGCAAGCACUGGUUUCUGCAGGACCGGUUGGAAUGGGGCCUAAUUAUUAUAUAUCUGUUAUUAUUAUUAUUAUUAUAUAUCCGUUCUAUGUGUAAUGGAUACAUUAGCAAUCUCCACUUAUUUUAGCAUCAGCUGGAAAGCAAAAACACAAAAAAUGUUUUUUAUUUAAUUGUAAGUAAAUUCAGGCAUCAUGGGGUUAACAAAACUGGGCAAAAAAUAUUUCAAUACAUUUUUUAAAAUUCUCAGUUAUUAUUAUUUUGCUACUGGUCUUUGUUUUGGCACUGGCUAAAAACCUCCUUAGGGGCAGAAAACAUUCCUGUAUGCAGGAGAAACCUUAAGUCUAAUACAAAAGGCCUACAAGAAAUGAUUAUGUUUGUUGAAAGUGUUUAAGAGAGGAAUUUUAAAAACUAUGUGGUUAGUUUGUGGUUCUGCUAAAUUGUAUUGUGACAGUGGCUUCCAUUAUUUCGGUCACUUUAUUUAUAUCAGUAAAGGUAAGAAAGAGACACUACAGUACAUUAAUCAGUGUCAAAUAUGGCAAGAUUUAUUGCAGGACUGAUGUUUGAAGCUACACAAGUGUUAGCCAAGUGUACCUAAUAGACUGACUGUGUGUGUGUGUGUGUGUGUGUGUGUGUGUGUGUGUGUGUGUGUGUGUGUGUGUGUGUGUGUGUGUGUGUGUGUGUGUGUGUGUGUGUGUGUGUGUGUGUGUGUGUGUGUGUGUGUGUGUGUGUGUGUGUGUGGACUCUCUAAGCCUGAUCACUGUUUCUACCGAUCACGUUUUUGGCUCCGCAUCAGUGAACCGGCUGCGUCUCACACACCCUGCAGUGGUGGUUUUGGACAUUAAACGAGUCAAUAUUUAUCUUCUGAAUAAUUUAUCGAGUGUCAAUAUGUGUCCUCUCUUAUCUGGAGCCACUGUUUGUUUUAGGAUUCAGAACGGCGGCUCCAAAAUCUUCUGUCGAUAUAAGCAUGUUGACAUGUGAAGUAAUGACGCGGUAAUAAAACUGAUUCAUGUUAA